GCCAUUCCCGCAGACCCCCUCUCCACCUGUCAAGCCAAGCAGAGCAACUAGCAGAGCAGAGCAGAGCUUACGGACUUACACUGGGGCCUUGAUCGGCACCCUUAUAGGUCCCGUUUGCGUCUUCACACGCUUACGAGUGUCCACACUCGUAUGGCCGGGGGGGAGCUCUUUAUUUCCCCUCUCGCCACGAUGACCGAGAACGCCCAUCAAACGUCACUGCAGCUCCAGGAGAAGGCUCCGUCCAAUAGUGCUACGCAUACCGACAAUGAGAAAAGAUUUCCUCCUCCGAAUGGUCAACUAGGGGAACAAAGUGACCAAUCUGCCAGAAGUUCCCCCGACGGCGGAUCGCAAGCCCAGACCCUAGACAAGCUACCGCCUCCAAAGCCAGAGCGCGGCGAGCCACCAAGCGUUGUUGUCAACAGGCCGCGGCAAAAGCCAUCCAUUCUCCACUCCCUCCGUCACCCCGCCGCCGACCUCAAACACGCCGUAAAAUCCCGGAAGAAGAAGCUCAAGGAGAAAGCCAAAGCCAAACCCCCCGGUGGAUUCGACAGGACGCCGCUACCGAGCGCACCUCCUGGCUACACACUCAAAUUCACUUUCUAUCGGGCGACCAAUCUCCCCGCGGGCGAUCUCGUUGCCGCGUCUUCGGACCCUUUCAUCUAUGCCACCCUCCGGUCAGCGCUUCCGAAACGCCACGAGGAAGACCCGGAUGUCGCACGGCGCACCCACACCAUACGGAAGACAACGGACCCCGAGUGGAACGAUGAAUGGAUUGUAGCCAGCGUCCCGGCCACCGGUUUCACUCUUGAGUGCCGGAUAUACGACGAGGAUUAUCCCAACAAGGAUGAUAGCCUCGGCAGCGUGACCAUCGGGGUGGACCAAAUCACACCCGACUGGGAGGGCAUCCCCCCGCCAGGACGGGAGUUCAAGGUCAUGAAGCGUACCGGACACAAGGGGGUAUACCUUGUGAGGGCCACCAAUAGCUGCUUCGACCCAAAGGUAGAGAUGACGCCGACUCUCUGGGUCAGCAUCGAGCUCCUGGGUCAGUCCAGCCCUCCUUACGGGCAGAUGUAUACGGUUGGGCCGUGUUAUCACUUCCAGCACUUCAGUCCCACCAUCGGUCGCCUUGCGGGAACGAAGGUCAACGAGGACGAGGAACACAGUCAUUCGCCCGGAAGAAGAGGAAGCAGCCCAGAUCACAACAAUAGGAAGACCCAGCGGUAUGAUUUCCAAUCCAACGAAAUACAAUUCGCCGGUCCGGUCCCUCCCACCAUGUAUCACCGCUUCGUCGAAUUCCGGCCUUUGGUGGGGCACAUGUUCUGGAGUCGUGGCAUCCGCGGCCGCAUCCUGAACCGGGCGCUGCACGACCAGCACCGGCGGAUCUACAACUUCAGCCGGUCGACCCAGUACGGCACGUUCGCGGCAUGCUCGGAAGAAGCGUCCAGGCUGUUCCUGCGGCUGGUGCACUACGACGAGGGCGGGCGCAUCUUCACGUACGUGCUCACGCUGGACGGCAUGUUCCGGUUCACGGAGACGGGCCGCGAGUUCAGCAUCGACCUGCUCAGCAAGCACACCAUGCACAGCGACGUGGCGACCUACGUGGCGUCGGCGGGCGAGUUCUUCGUCCGCCGGCUCGAGGGGCCGGCCGAAGGAUGGCGGCCCGAGGAGGACCCGGCCUACUACCAGCUCGUGAUCGAUAACGACUCGGGCACGUACCGGCCCGACAAGUCGAUUCUGGGAGCGCUCCGCGAUUUCAUGGCGCGGAACCUGGCCGGGCUGGGGGUGGUGGCGAUGCACUGCGGGGACGAGGAGCUGGUGCGGCUCAAGGAGAGGCAGGCGCGGAUCAAGAAGGAGGAGGGGCGGGGGGUUCGCAUGGUGCUUAACCGGAGUCCCAGCGGGAGCUCGACGUCGCUUAGCUCGGCGGAGAGCGAUUUGAACCGCGUCGAGGCGGCGGUGGCUGCUGCCGGUGCUGCCGUGUCGGGGUCGGGGUCGGGGUCGGCGGCAGCAAGUGGGAGCAAGACGAAGAGGGAGCAGGUUUUGGAUUUGGUGGAGAAUCCCAAGCGAGCCAAGGGGCUGUUGAAGAUGGGGAAGAGGGCGGAUAAGGAGACAGGAGGACCAUCUGGGAGUUAGAGGAGAGGCGUUGCUGUAUUUUACAUAUCAUAGCGUGGGGAAUUUGGCUGGGCGUAUUUGGUUCGUAUGAGGUCGUGUAGUAUUUGGCGUGUGCUAAUAAAGAACGAAACAACCAUUGGGAGCG